AGUCAGUGUCUGCUUUGAAGGUUCUAAUCCUUCUCAACCGCACUAGCACAGCCGUUGCUGCUAUCAUCACUUUAUAGUUCAAAUCUGUUCAAAUUAUUCAUUAUCGAGUAUUCAAAAUCUAAAAAUUAAAUUGAAUUAUGUCCUCACUCAGCGCCAAAAUUGGUCCAUCGAUUUUAAACGCAGAUCUCUCGCAAUUGCACGAGGAAUCACAGCGAUUGCUCGAUAAUGGAGCCGAUUAUCUCCACUUGGACGUGAUGGAUGGCACGUUUGUACCGAACCUUACAUUUGGUCACCCGGUGGUGAAGUGCCUUCGAAACAAAAUUAAGGAUGCAUUUUUCGAAACGCAUAUGAUGGUACAGGCCCCGCAACAGUGGAUCGAACCGAUGGCCGAUGCCGGCGUUGAUCAGUACACCUUCCACAUCGAACCGGUGAUGGACAGCGUCGUGGACAUUUGUCGCAAAGUUCAGGAGUCGGGGAUGAAGGUGGGACUGGCGAUCAAACCUGGUACAGCAGUCGAAACGGUCAAGGAGUUUAUUCCUCUCGCUGACAUGAUUCUAAUAAUGACGGUCGAGCCCGGAUUCGGUGGGCAAAAGUUCAUGAACGACAUGAUGCCGAAGGUGCAGUGGUUACGUGAACAUUAUCCAAGCUUGGACAUUGAAGUCGAUGGCGGAGUGGGGCUGGGCACGAUUGAUGCGUGUGCGAAGGCCGGCGCGAACAUGAUUGUGGCGGGAACGGCAAUCAUCCGAGCGGACGACCAGGCAGCUGUGAUCCGACAGCUGAAACAUUCCGUCGAUAGUGUAAUCAAGCAGUGAGCUCGGAAGGAUGGGAAAGUAAGGGAUAGUUUUAAGUACAAACGCGUUCACUUUUUACUCAAAAAGGCCGGAGGCUAGAAGUCUCUUUAAAAUAUAUAAUAAAAUGUUUGAUGAACAUGCAAUAAAA